AUGUCAGAAAUACAGUUGCCCGACAGGAUUGAGGCAUGCGCCAGCCAUGCCGUCAAAAAGCACAGCAAACCAGAAAUAUUACAAACUAAACACCCCAUCACCCGCAAAGGUCUUGCAUAUCGUGUUUUGGAAGCUUUGUAUCGAACUUUUCGUUCCCUCCUUCCCAAAGCCCCAAUUGGGCUCGCAUCUCCCUUGUGUGUGCGCCAAUCAGACUGCCCAAUCUCCAGACGCAGAGAGGCAAUGGGCCUCUUCGUGAGGAGGCGAGGCCCUACCCGUAAUUGGGGAACUCCCUUAUGUUUUACCUGCAGUGGUCGUGGUAGUUCGUGUCAUUUAGGACUUGUAUUCCUGUUAUCACUGGUCUGUGUGUACACCCCAGGGGCAGCUGCGCCCGUUCCUAUCCCCUCUGAGAACAUCGAUUCUCCAUCGGUGCCUUAUUUUUCGAGCAAGACACAUCAAUUUGAUGUGCCUCGGUUAUUGUUACUUCACGACUUUCCUCUGAAAACAACUACAGGGGGGCAAGCGGCGGAAGAGUGUCUGACCUUAUUCAAGGAGAAAUUUCCUGAUCUGUUAGCGUAUAUCGAAGGCAGUGAGGGUAUCGAGAUCACGCCGCUGCCCCUCUCAUCCCGACCGCAGCUCUUUGCCUAUGGAGAAAGUAUCUUUAAUUUCAUCCUCAUCAUUUCGCAGUCCGAAAAAAUCCAAAUCCCAGAUGAAACGCCUACAGACAUUCUCGAGUGGUUAGACUCGGGAGGCGAAGAAUCACAAGGAUCUGCUCACGAUUGGCACCAGCUGCAGCAGGAGCAGCAGCAGCUCCAGCGGCUUGGGCAGGACGACCCCCAGAAGCAGGAACAGUUGCAUCAGCAACAACAGUAUUACUCUCCCUUGGAAAAAAGCCGUUCGCUGCUGCUGCUCUUAGGCCCCCAUGCGCCCCCACCUUUGCUACAACUUGCUGCUGCUAUCUUUGGAACUACUGAACUUGCGCCAUCCUUUUUACAGCAGCCCGUUGCAGACCUGUUCAACGCAGUUUCCUUUGACCACGCACUCAAGAAGGAGCAGCAGCAACAGCAGGGGACAGUUUUUGCUGCAAGGGACUUGUUGAAAGGUCAUCCUCAUGUGGUUACUCCCCUUGCCGAGGAUGAGCUGUUGCUGUACAGCGGAGGAUAUCACUUAGGGGCACUGCAAGUCGGCUGUGGUGACCAGCACUGCUCAAAAGAGCAGCUCCCUCCCCAGGCGUUUCCUUUGCUGCUGGCUCCUGCAACAGCGUUUGCGCAGGGUGAAACCACGAAUCGCAGAAACAGCAACGAGAGCAGCAGCAGAAGGGCUGCCCUUGCGUCAGCUCUCCAAACCAGGAACAACAACAGGGUGCUCCUUCUUAGUGGGCCGGAGGCCUGCAGCCACGCUUUCACCUCCGUCCAGUCCAUCUCUUUUUCAGGAAAUGAAUUCGGGGUUGCAAACAAGCGUUUCUGCACGGAAUCAGUAGCCUGGGCCCUUAACAGGCGUGGAGUUCUUCGCUGGUCCAACCUCAAGCACCAUCUGGUUUCUGGUGAAAACAGGCGUCUGUACACGAUAACAGAUCGCCUACGUUUUUCAUUGGACCUCCAUGAGCUUCAUCAAGGCGUGUGGAAACCGUACGAGGGCAAAGACGUUCAACUUGAAUAUCUCCUGGGGGACCCUCUGCUUCGUCUUUUCCUGAAGAGGCAAAACGAUGGCCCGACGUUUUUCGCCGAGUUUAUGGCGCCAGACCGUGCGGGGAUCCUGAAGCUUGUUCUUCGACAUGCCAGGCUCGGAUACAGCUCUUUAUUAUUGCACUCGCUGGCUCCCUUAAGGACGCGAAGAACAGAUGCCAUUGAAUGGCUUCACCCCAGUGGAAGUUUCUACUACUUCAUAAUAAUCAUGGUGCUUCGCCGUUAUGCUAUGGAGCCCCUUCCAUUCUCACCUCGUACAAACGAAGGACUUGAUAAUACUUCUGGAGAAGAAGAUGCAGCAGAGGAAGCCCUGCGGUUUCGGGUGGUCACAAGAAAGGACAAAACUCCGCGGGAGCCUCCUCGCCUUCAGCACGUGGUGGACAAGGCGGUAGCUUGGGGCCCUACUAUAAUGCCUCUCUCGAAGGUUUUAGAUGACAGAGAACGAGAAAUCCUAGACAUGGAAAGACAACAGCGAAAGGACAUCGAAGGAGUGCGAGAUUGUUUUACCAUUCAGGGUGUUCUGUCCACUGGCGAAUGCGAAAGACUUGUGCAGGCGGCAGAGUGUCAAGGCUUUGAGUACUGGGCCGAAGAAGCUCACGCUGCCAGCAGUACUGGCAGCAUUAGCAGGAGUCACGUGGCUGCGAGGGCAAAUCACAGCUAUCGAUCCGCCUAUACCCUUGAGGUGGAACAUCCAGAUCUCGCAGACCUCCUGUGGCAACGCGUGCGGGGUUGUGUGGUGCAAGAAGUCUGUUUCUCUGACGACGACCCGGAGAGGUUUGAGCGGGACUUAGAUGGAACGUGGGAGGCCUGCGGAGUGAACAGCACUUUUCUCUUCGCAAGGUAUACAAGUGGGGAGAACUUCGGGCCGCACACCGACGGCUGUACUAUCCGAGACUUCAACAGCCGCUCUCUGUGGCCCAUGGUUAUAUACCUGAAUACUCCAGAGAAGGGUGGAGAGACCGUCAUUCUGAGCGAAGAACAGAAGGGAUUGCCUCUCAAAACAGAUGAGGCAGGAAGGUUCACUGCCGACGCCGAAUGUGUGGUGUAUGAAUGCAAGCCUAAAAUUGGCAAUGCUUUGCUCUUCUACCACACUCAGAUGCAUGAAGGUAGACCCGUGGGGAGUGCAAGCGUCAAGUACAUUAUUCGGACUGAUGUAAUGUACCGUCGAAAGGAGCCAUUAUUCACGCAUCCAACCGAUAGGGAGGCGUUCGCACUUUGGAUGAAAGCACAGUUGCUUGCAGAGAAGGGGGAAACGGAUGCCGCUGCAGUAUUAUUUCGACGGAUGACAAAAGCAUCUCCAAAGCUUGCACAUUUUUACGGGCUCUAG